UUGGGAAAGGCCAUAUAAGAAAGUGAACCCAAAGUCAUUUCCUGAAAUUGCUCUGCCUCCUAGAAGCUACAUCCGCCGGUUAUUUAUCUGGAAACUAAUCGGGGAUUACAUAGGCAUUGUCUUUCUCCACUUACAGAGCCUUCAUCAACUAUCUUCAGACAGAUCGAUUGUAGCAAAGGAGUUUCUCACAGCUGCUUCAGGACUUGCAAAAUGUCUACUGGCCCUGGACUUGAGUCUCUUGUAGAUCAAACAAUUUCAGUUAUAACCAAUGAUGGCCGCAACAUAGUGGGGAUCUUGAAAGGCUUCGACCAGGCCACAAAUAUCAUCCUAGAUGAAUCUCAUGAACGAGUUUAUUCUACUAAGGAAGGCGUUCAACAACUUGUCCUGGGUUUGUACAUAAUAAGGGGUGACAACAUAAGCAUUGUUGGGGAACUGGAUGAAGAGCUUGAUUCACACCUUGAUUUAUUAAACCUAAGAGCUCAUCCUCUCAAGCCAGUCAUUCAUUGAUCAACUAUGAACAUGUGGGAUGUUGUAGACCUGGUAAUGGACCCAGUACAGAAUGUUAGUUGUUACAGUGGUUUAAUUCUUGAUGCUGUAGACUGAGACCUAAUUUUAUUGAAAUUCUGCUGGUCUUAGUUUCUCUUCAACUUUGUUGACAUCAUUUUUUUUCUCAUCUGUAUACUUGUUAAAUGUUGGUGCUAUUUGUAUUUCCAAUUUUUAUGUAUUUUGCUUC